AUGGAACAAAUAAAGAGGGCAAAUAAACUGUUCACUAAUGACUGUAUAUUUCUGAGGAAAACCCUGAAUAUUCCUGUUAUAUCAGAGAAACCAUUACUGUUCAAUGGACUUAAUUCACUGGAGUCUCCCGAGAAUGAAACUGUUGACAGCUCCCCUUCUUGUGAUGAAGGACUAGUGACAGUUCAGGAAGAAAGCAGUUCUUCUCCCAGUCCUCAAGAGCCUGACAAUCAGCCCACUGCACCAGAAGAACUAUCUGCCAGAGAUUUCCUACAGAGAUUGGACUUGCAGAUUAAGUUAUCCAAACAAGCAGCCAGAAAACUAAAAGAUGACAAUGUCAGAGAGGAGGAGAAUGAGGAAGGUCCCUAUGCAGCUUCUUCGUAUCACCAGUAGAAGACAGAUGUGAUGGCCUGAAAACUUUCCGUGAAAUCAGUUCUUAAAGAACUAAAUGGUCAAUAAUUCAAAAAACCAAGUCUUUUGGACUCAUCGUCUCGAUGUACUUAAAACAAGUCAUGAAUGGGUAAUUGCACUGAAAUUAUGACCUCUUCUGCCUUCCGUAGGCUAAUGUCCUUAUGCUAUAUCAACAAAGGGUUUAAGCCUUCCAAAACUAGCAAUGGCCUUUAAUACCCCUUCUGUGCAAACUGUAGCAUGGUAGCAACAAUAUAUCCUUGAGGUCACCUUUAUGCAGGAUGUUGAUCUUUAGUAAAGAUUUUGUAAAUACUUGUUAAAGUGAAAUUUGUUUUAAGUAUUUAAAAAUAUUACAUAAGUUUGCUUGUAAAUGACAAACUGUGAAAAUAAUAGAAAUUUACUUAUUCUGCAAACACAGGCGAGUUUGCUGUGGAAGUUUUGUCUACUUCAGGGCUGCGGAACUAGCCCCGGGCUCUGUGUGCGUGUCUGUGCGUGGUUAUGAUGUAUUCCUAGAAAGGGGAAUUCGACUUGUUUUGGUUAGUUAAAGCCUUUAUGGUUAAACAACUGUUUGCAAACUGGAUUUCUGCUAAUAAAAGCGAAGAGUUACAGCAAGAGAUUUUUCUUUGUGAGAUACGACGUUGGAAUAUCAGAUGUGUGUUCUUGUGUGCAGUUAUAUUUUGUGUGGUUUUAAUUUAAUAAAUACAAAAAUACCG